UAUGGGACAAACAGAGCUGCUUCCAGCAGUACCUCGUUGAAUACCAGGAAGCUUGAUGAAGAUACAGAGAAUCUUAGUCAUGAGAAGGUUCCGACCGAAUUAAAGAAGGCUAUCAUGCUGGCUCGAAUGGAUAAAAAACUCACCCAAGCUCAACUUGCUCAGGAGAUAAAUGAGAAACCCCAGAUCAUGCAGGAAUACGAAUCUGGGAAAGCAAUUCCCAAUCAGCAAAUCAUAUCCAAACUUGGUGUGAAAUUGCGCGGAAAGAAAUAAGAACGAGCAGUAGGGACAAGAGUGGCCUUUUUGGUAUGUUUAGUGGUGUAAAUGAGCUCUGUGCUAUUGCCUUUCUCUUUCAGUGGUUUUGCCCCACGUAUUAGGAUUCUAAAGAAACAUGCUUGUGAUCUGAUGCUUUUGAAACUUGAUUAUCUCAAUUAUCUUGAAAAAUCGCUGGUGUUUAUGUUGAAAUAAGCCUUUGCUAAGGCAAGAAACAGCUUCUGUUUUUAAUUUUUAUUGAAUAGGAAUAUACGAUCUUGAUUACACAUAGUAGUACUAGUUAGGAAGGAUGAAUAAUAAGUGUUUGCUCUAAAAGUUUUUUUGCUCCAAAUUUUCCACGUUGUUUUCUGUGUCCGUCCAUCGAUGAAGACGAUAUAUUUUUAGUAAUUCAAUUAUAUAUUUCAAUAUUCAUGAAAUACAAUCCUUAAAUUAAACCAUGCCGCGGCUGCGAUCAUGCUGAACACCCAAGCACGAAUCCCGGAGCGGCGGCGACCAAGAACUCCGCCUCCUGCCGCAGCUUCAUGAUGCUCUUGAUGGUCUUCAGCCGAAGAUCCUCGGCCUUGUCGACAAUGUCGCCGGUCUCUCCAUCUUGACGUUUCCAACCAUUCCAGUCGUCUCAUCCUGCAAAAAUGGCA